GGGGCGGUGGAGGGUCUGUCUUUCCGAGAGCGGUGGAGGCUGUGGGAGAAAAGAGCGACGAACCGGGUGGAAGCCCUAAAAACGAACUGAGGUUAUACUCUUUAGAUUGCUCUGUUUGCUACACGGCUGUCUGGAGUAAUUAAAGGUUUCCUCCCCUCCGCGUCUCGUGAUCUGUGUGUGUGUGUGUGUGUGGCACACAGCAGCGACCCGUCAUGGGGGACAUGAGUGAUCUGGACAGACAGAUCGAUCAGCUCAGGAGGUGUGAGCUCAUCAAGGAGAACGAGGUCAAAGCCCUGUGUGCCAAAGCCAGAGAGAUUCUUGUAGAAGAGAGUAACGUACAGAGGGUGGACUCUCCGGUCACAGUGUGUGGUGACAUCCAUGGGCAGUUUUAUGACUUGAAGGAGUUGUUUCGGGUGGGAGGCGAUGUUCCAGAAACAAACUACCUCUUCAUGGGAGAUUUUGUGGACCGAGGCUUUUACAGCGUCGAGACCUUUCUGUUACUUCUUGCGCUGAAGGUGCUGUCAUUAUGUUGUUCAGGACAUUUGGAACGAGAUGUUAUUGUUGUAAUCGUGGGAGGCGAUGUUCCAGAAACAAACUACCUCUUCAUGGGAGAUUUUGUGGACCGAGGCUUUUACAGCGUCGAAACCUUUCUGUUACUUCUUGCGCUGAAGUUAAACGAGGAUCGAUCAUGUAAAGGGUUGAGCCUUGCCAUCUCUGCUGCAGACACCACUGGAUGGGGCGUGAGCCCGCGGGGAGCCGGAUAUCUGUUCGGAAGCGACGUCGUGGCCCAGUUCAACGCUGCUAACGACAUCGACAUGAUCUGCAGAGCGCAUCAGCUCGUUAUGGAGGGGUACAAGUGGCACUUCAACGAGACGGUUCUCACUGUGUGGUCCGCUCCCAACUACUGCUACAGGUGUGGUAAUGUGGCGGCGAUCUUGGAGCUAGACGAGCACCUGCAGAAAGAGUUCAUCAUAUUCGAAGCUGCUCCACAAGAAACGAGAGGCAUUCCCUCCAAAAAGCCAGUCGCUGACUACUUCCUGUGAGCGAGUCCGGAUGCAGCGCGCUCCGCAGGAAGUGCCGCCCUGUGUGUGUUUCUGUUCCCCUAACCCUGACCAACUGUCUUAAUUGUGCUUUUUUUUUUUACUUUCUCUGUAAUAUUCCAUUUUUUUAUUUCUAUUUUCCAUGGACGUUCACAUUCUCUCUGCCGUCCAGACACACACACAGUGGCGUGGAGUCGUCCUCCUCGGCUGUGCCGGCUCUGGCUCUGACUCGCGGUGCGCUGUAGAUGUAGACGUGUAUAAUGUACGUGAACGGCAGCAGGGCUUUCACGGUAUAUUUCUGCUGUUCCUCAGAGAGAUGCGUUUUAAGCGGCAGGUUGUUGGACCUCUUGCUUGGCGUUCUCUUCUGGUGUGAAUGGUAGAUGCGUGAGAGAAUGGCUUAUAGCUUGGGGUCAUCAGUUUCCUCCGGAGUGAUGGUUGCAGGGCUGUGCGCACGAGGACACUGCAGAACACACACCCUGCUCCCUCUGCGGGACUCAUUCUUGAUUUUUAUUUUUAAUUUGUGAAAAUAAAAUGUACUUUUGUAUGAAUUUAAGAUGUGAGUUUCUGUGUUAAAUCCACUGAAUAGUUUUCUAACUGAAUCCUGGAGUAAUGUGAUGUGUGUAGAAGUUAAUAUUUAAGAACACUGAGACAACUUCAGCAAGUGUCCCGUUUUCAGUCACCUUUAAUAAUAUCAUUCUUCCACAUCUUAAAGAAGCAUUGCCAUAUAGAUGCGAAUUCAGUUUAUAGAUUUAUCUAAAUAUAUGCAAGGCUACAUUUCAUGCAUUUGGGCAAAUGUAAACUGCCACUCGUUCAUAUGUUCAAAUAAAAAAAGAGUGACCUUGUAAAUAUCUAAUCUUUAACACACAUGAUUUAAAAUAUGUAUAUUGUAUAUUUAAGAAAUGAAUGCUUUUACUCUGCAAGGAUGCUUUAAGUUGAUCUAAGGGGACAGAUUAUUUAUAUCUCAGUUAAUGCAGGUUUUUUAUUUGUACUUUCUAUUGAUCAAAAUGCACCAUUUAAUGUAAAAAAGCAUCUUGGUUUGCACAGAAACAAGCAGCACAUCACUGAGAAUGAGAAAUGCUUCUUUAGCAACAACAACAACAAAAGCAGCACAGAACUACACGGAAGCGAUGAGAAGGUUCAGGGAACACUCCACCCCCAAAUAUUCCUUUCCUCGCCUUCAGAGCAGAUCAGCGCUGUCUUCCGGUGCAGGCUCCUGUACUUCCGCUCCAGGCCGGCGGGCGGCGGAAGAGCGCUGUUCUUCCGGUGCGGGUUUGGCGCGCCUCUGUCGCUUCCGCUCUCUCUCCGGAAGGAGCCGAACUCGUUUUGACGCACGCCGUCAGUUGUGCUCACAAAAUCGCAAAUCUGGAUCUAAAAUCUGCACAAAGGGAUUUCACAAUCGAGAGAUCUUCCGUUUCCAGCAGA